AUGCCUCGCGAAGCCUCGCCCUCCCUCUCGGAAAAGACCUUUGUGUCAAGGGCCCUGGAAGAAGGGCUGCGCCUGGACAACCGCAAAUUCGACCAGUUCCGGCCGCUGCAGCUCGCCUUUGCCGACGAUGAAUAUGGCGUCGCAGAUGUCCGGUGCGGCAAGACGAGAGUUGUGGCCAAGGUCUCAGCCGAAGUGACGGUCCCCUUCACGGACCGCCCCUUUGACGGCGUCUUCACAAUCACCUCGGAGCUCGGCCCCAUGGUGGCCCCCUCCUUCGAAGCCAACCGCCCGACCGAGACCGAAGUCCUGCUGUCGCGGCUGCUGGAAAAGACGAUACGGCGGUCGGGCGCCCUCGACACCGAGUCGCUGUGCCUGGUUGCGGGACAAAAGUGCUGGUCUGUCCGCGUCGACGUGCACGUCCUCUCGCAUGACGGCAACCUGCUCGACACGGCGUGCCUGGCCGUCGUCGCGGCGCUGCGCCACUUCCGCAAGCCCGAGACGAGCAUGCAGGGCGAGACGCUGACCGUCUACACGCCCGCCGAGCGGGAGCCCGUGCUGCUGAGCUGGCUGCACUCGCCCUUUUGCGUCACCUUUAGCUUCUUUGGCGACGGGGGCGACGCCGUCCUGCUGGAUACCACCUGGCUCGAGGAGCAGCUGAGGGUCAGCAGCUGCACCUUCAGCCUCAACAAGCACGGCGAGAUAUGCCAGGUGUCCAAGCUUGGGGGCAGCGACAUUGACGCGCCGAUAUUCGUACAGUGCGCCCAGACGGCGCUCAACAAGUCCAAGGAGUUUACGGAUCUGGUAGACAGGAAACUGGGAGAUGACGACAAGCGGAGAAACAAGGGGGGCCUACUGGCAGAGCUGACGGCGGAGAACGAGAGGUGA